GGGGGUUGUAACUGACAAAACAUGCCGAGCAUGUUGGGCGGUGGUGUGAGAAUACGCGCUCUGCACCGGGGCCAUGAUUCAUUCACGAGCCCCCUUCACGAUUUAACACCGGACAGCUCGAGGAGGUGGGACUUCGAGAAGCGACGCUCCCCGUGCACUCUGAGCGUCAAGGCGCACGCGUUCUCGGUUGAAGCUCUGAUCGGGUCGGAGAAGAGACGGAAGCUCGGGGAGGACGACACUAGGGUGUGCUUUCUCGAGGAGGUCACGGAGGUGUUGGAGCUGCCCAGUAACGGAGGGGAGAGAGAGGAGAGGGCGUGCAACCGCGCCAGCGACCGGGGCAGUGAGAUAGAGUGCGUUAGUGACGGCUCGCUGGAGAGCUGUGACGUGCUGUUGGAAAGCCCCCACCCAGAGGCCCAAGCCCAGCGCGCGCCACCGGUAACAGUAACGGUUCCCGGAGAGGAGAUGCGCGUGGACUUGCAGGGCUCCGACCUGUGGAAACGGUUUCACGAGAUCGGUACAGAGAUGAUAAUCACGAAGGCUGGCAGACGGAUGUUCCCCGCUAUGCGCGUGAAGAUCUCGGGUCUGGACCCCCACCAGCUGUACUACAUUACCAUGGACAUUAUCCCCGUGGACAACAAACGAUACAGGUACGUGUACCACAGCUCCAAGUGGAUGGUCGCGGGAAACGCGGACUCCCCAGUGCCGCCGCGUGUAUACAUCCACCCGGACUCUCCGGCUUCCGGUGAGACGUGGAUGCGUCAGGUGAUCAGCUUCGACAAACUCAAACUGACCAAUAACGAACUGGAUGACCAGGGACAUAUCAUCCUCCACUCCAUGCAUAAGUACCAACCGCGAGUGCAUGUGAUUCAUAAGGAGCGUGGCGAGGAGCUGUCUCAUGUUAGAGCCGUUCCCCAGGGAGACGGAACCAGAACACUCAGCUUCCCAGAGACCACCUUCACCACUGUCACCGCAUACCAGAACCAACAGAUCACCAGGUUGAAGAUUGACAGGAACCCAUUUGCUAAAGGCUUCAGAGACUCAGGAAGAAACCGGAUGGGUCUGGAGGCUCUAGUAGAAUCCUACGCUUUCUGGCGUCCGUCUCUAAGAUCCCUGACAUUUGAAGACAUCUCUGGAAUUAAGCAAGGAGCCCCGGGGCCACAUGGAGGUGUUGGAUCACCUCACCUGCUCUCCUCCUCUCCUUGCUCCUCCCCCUUCCAGGUGUGGCCUCUCUCUCCCCCGGACUACACCUGCAGCCGGCCGACACACACACCCCUACAUCGCUACAGUAGCCUCCCCGAGCCUUUCCCCUCUCCUACGUCGCGAGGACCGUCAGCCUAUGACAGCGAAGGAUUCUGCUCUAUGUCCCUCCCUCCCUCUCAGAUUGGCUAUCUACAAAACCCUGCCCACCAGGGUUACGGAAGUCUCCGCCUCCACUCCCCCCCUUACGGUCUCUACGGUUACGCCUUCCCCCCCUCCCCCCGCCUCAUUGCCAGCCCAGACAAGAUGGCGGCUGCUUCUGCCGCUGCAGCCAAUCAGAACGCUUUUCUCGGCUCCUCACCCAGCGGAACCCUGGCGGACAGUCUGGGCAUGCUCAGUGGAGGCCAGCAUGCCAACUUCCUGUUUGACUCUCGGACGCUGGGAAUGGCUGGCAGCCAGUCAGGGGGAGGGGCUUCACAGGUCACUACCCACAUGGGCUGAGAAAUACUCCGACCCUGACCCCCAGGGUUGCUUUCGCAAAUAGCUGCUUCUCCGGGUAGGACAUGGGUUUGUAACUCUGGAAUAAAUCACCAGCCAAUGAGGAUUGAUGAGACAUCUCACGGACCUAUGAGGAGACAGAGAGAGAUGGAGAGAGAGAGAGGAAACAGCUUUGGUGACGUUUGUGUGAGCGCUAAGAAAUAUAAAGAGAGAACGUCAAACUCCGCUGACUUAAUGGGAUAUUGUUGUUGUUGUUGUUGUUUGUAAGUAUGUUAUUAAAGGACUAAAUAAACAGAAGCAUCUGAGAGACUGAAACAGCUGCGUUGGAGGAGAUCUGGGGGUCUGAUACAAGUCUGGAGACCUGAGAGAAUAAACACACCCACCAACAAGCCCCGGAUCUGGAAGAAUCGGGAAAUAAACACUAAGAACACUUCAGCACCUGUGGUUUCCUAUACAGCGUCUGUGAACAGUUAUAACCUCCCACAGCUCCUAGGAACAGAGUUGACACAGUGAGAGGCCUACUGAGUUAUAUGAAUGCUGUUAUAAAGGACUGUAUUCCCAUGCCAAAGAUACAGUGUCAGUCAAUCUGCAAUGUUUCCCUAUUCCUUAUGUAGUGCACUUCUCCUGGCUGGAAACCUAUAAAGCAGCCCUAUGAAGCUCUGGCCGAAAGUAGUGCACUAUAUAGGGAAUAGGACUCUGGCCUAAAGUAGUGCACUAUAUAGGGAAUAGGACUUACACACACGUUGUGUGUGUGGCAUGUUUUAACUAUUUGACAUAAAGGUGUCAUAACUGCUUAUAACCUUUAUACAUAAUGAACUGUGUUAAUGGUGGGUCAUGUGACCUAACGCACUUACUGCCAACACACACACACACACACACACACACACACACACACACACACACACACACACACACACACACACACACACACACACACACACACACACACACACACACACACACACACACACACACACACACACACACACACACACACACACACACACACACACACACACACACACACACACACACAUUUCCUGCCAACCCACAGCGUUCUGCCUGGCCUCUGUCUAUGACGGACAAGCAGCUUCAUGAGCCAAAAAAAACAAUAAAAAGUAUAAUAUUAUUACACACUAACCAUCAGAGAACCUGUUUCACACAGAUCCUUUUUGUAAUAUAUCAAGCAUCAAAUAUGUGUGAGUGAGAGAGAGAGAAAUAUGUGUGUGUUUGUGUGUAUGAAUCUCAGAAACAGAAGUCCAAACCCUUGUAAACAGAACAUUUCAAAUGUUAAAGGUUAAGGUUUGGGAAGGCUUAAAACAAAAAGACAACAAAGGUAAAACAAGUGUCUAUCUGCUGAACACGCGGAGCCAUAAACCAAGCAGCCUGACCUAUACUGAACUAAAAUAUAAACAUGCAACAAUUUAAAAAAUGUUAUUCAGUUAAUGUAAGGAAAUCAAUCAAUUGAAAUAAAUAAAUUAGGCCCUAAUCUAUGGAUUUGAAUACUGGGCAAGAGCGCAGCCGUUGGUGUGCCUGGGAGGGCAUAUGAGCUAGGCCCACCCACUGGGGAGCCAGGCUUAGCCAAUCAGAUUGAGUUUUUCCCACAAAAGGGCUUCAUUAAGGCGACAAAUUCUCCUUAGUUUCAUCAGCUGUCCGGGUGGUUGGUCUCAGAAGAACCCACAGGUGAAGAUGCCUGAUGUGGAGAUCCGGGGCUGGUGUGGUUACACGUGGUUUGUGGUUGUGAGGUCAGUUGGAUGUACUGCCAAAUUCUCAAAAAGGAUGCUGGAGGUGGCUUAUGGUAGAGAAUAUUCAUUUCUCUGGCAA